CGUCCCCUCCCCUCUUCAGUGAGUCCACAACAAACACGUCGCAGAUAGAUAAGAGCCAGGACGAGAAGGAAUCCUCGUGUGGAUCGGCUCUACUUUAAAAACACACAGACACACACACACACACACACACACACGCCUCCGAGUGACAGUGUUUGUUCCCGUGGGUCCGUGGAGUACACACACCUCGCACUGCUCUGACACUGCGCAGUUUACGGAGCGAACGUCAAACUCCGCAUUUUCGACCCUUUUGAGCUACUGACGCUGAUGGGACAUGGCAAUGGCCUCUCCAUCAACAUCAACCACAGGAUCACCUACGGCGUCUGACUCGGCGCUCUCCUGCCAAGGGGGCAUCGAGGCCCUGAAGAUGAAGGUGGGGCCCGUGAGGAGGAAUCUCUUUGGGCCUUUGGACCACCAGCAGCUGCAGCAGGACUUCCAGAGGCUGCUCUGCAUGAGCAUGGAGAUGGCCAAUAAGCGGUGGAACUUCAAUUUCCAGGCUGACGUGCCAGGAGAGGGCUCCAACAUUGAAUGGGAGGAGCUCAAGUGCCAGGAUGUCCCGGCGUUUUACCACAGCUGCAUGAUUAGGCCGGUGGUCGGGCCCGGGGCCGAGGCAAAGAAGGGGAUGAAGCGGACAUUGUCCUCGUCCCCGACGUCCAGCAGCUCGUCUGGGUCUGGGGAUGAGUACUUGGAGUUGACCACCAAGAGGUGCUACAGAGGGAAACGUAGACAGUCCGCCAUCACAGACUUCUUCAAGGUGAAGAAGAGCAGGCUUCUGCACUACAAAGCUUCCUCCCGGCUAUGAAAAGCACAACGAGACCCGGUGGAGGAUAAAUGGUCCCCAUCCCUCCAGGUGUCACCUCACAUAGAUAUGUCUCAUAUCUUAUGUAUAUUUGUAGCAAUUUGUGAACUGACUGUCCAUAAGCUCAUUCAGCAUGGGCUUACAAAACUCCUCCGACACCACGUACCUUUAAUCUUUCAGCACAAGGAAGCUACAGUUUUUGUAGUUAAUCAAGCUUGGAUUCUACAGUUUUUGUAGAUAAUUAUAAAUUUUAUAUAUAUACUGUAUAUAUUCUAUAUACUGUUUUCCUUAGCUGACUAUACUGUGAAAUCUUUUUGAAUGCACUCUUUCAGGAAAUAACAGAAAACCGGCUUAAGUUCCUGGAGGUUUAGUUUCCUCUGAACGUGCCUCCGAUAGUAUUUGACCUCAGUCCUUGACCUUUUUGUCUCCCUCUUGCUAAAAGUCAUGAGAGGUUUCGAUUAGAUGAGUGACUAUUCCUGACCUCACAUCGCACACAGCCUUAAGUCUCAUCCCGCGGCCCUUCCCGGAUCGCUCGGAGUCAAAACCUCACACAGGGUUCAAAAUUCAGCUGCGUGUCUGCGAUUAGCGCCAGGUUAAAGGUCAACUGUCGAGGUUUGGCGUUGAGGUAAUGCAGCCACACCCUGUAGGAUAGUGACUUCAAAUUCUGAGUAAUAAUAGCAGUGUUCCAUAUGUGACUAUUUAUUUAUUAUUUCACGAUGCUAGUUCACCAACUAAAUAAAGUAAAAAGAAUAAAAAUAAAAGGAUAAUGGGAAAAGCAAGGUCAGAUAAGUUGUCUUUUGAAACCUGUACCAUUUCCCCCAAAUUAAAGACUAUAAUUCCUCAUGGCUCAUACAUUACUCCACCGUAUCGGCCGUAAUAUUUAACACCACCUCAACAUAGCAAAAAAUAUUCAAAUUGCAAACUAUUCCCUUUUUGCUUUGUCGGGUUGUAAAAAUCUGUAUUUUGGCAACAGACCAGAACAUACCUUAUUUGGUUGUAUGUUUUUUUAUUUUCAGCUUUAUGCUUCCAACGAUGUAGCAUUUUCCCACUCGGUUAGAUUUAUUUCACUGUGUUGCAGCUCAAAAGGAAUCGAAACUUUUGGCUCUACGUUUAAAUGUUCAGAAGAGCUGCGUCACAUGUUGUAUCGCUGUGCAGUUUUUAAGGGUUUUUAUCGUGUCUGUGCAUAUACGUGUUUGUGUACGAAUGUGUCGGUGUGUUUUUUUUAUCUUCGGGUUUUCACCAGUAGUAAAAAUUGUGGCAGCUGAGGCAGUUGAACCAAAGAGAAAAUCGCUGUACCAUUCAAUUAGGAACACAUCAGUGAAACAAGUUGCUUAUGGUUUGAGUGAUCGGCAAUGGGUCAGAGAAGGUCACGUCUCCAAAUAUUCAACUAUCAAGUGAAAGCGCACAAAGAAAGAAAACAAAUUCUGUUCUUAUAUCCGGUUUACUAAAUUAAUGUGAUCCGUAACUUUAAGUUGACUCAAACUGGAUGUGCCUAUUUUCUCUCCCCACCUUCAAUAAUUUAGUUUGCAUUAGAAUAAAAAGCCAUGACCUGAAUUAAUCAAAUCUCACUACCUCAUCAUUCAGAUACACAAAAACUAAAAAAAGAACAAUUCUCAGGUCGUUUGUGUUUUAAGGCAGGAAAUAAAGCCACGAUUCUGUUGUGGUUAAAAGCUGGAGAGGGUUCAGCGCUGAAGUGUAGAGUUUCACACAAGGUAAAAGAGUCAGUGUGUCAGAGCAGAGGGGGGGGGGGGGGGGGGGGGGCCAUCAGAGCAGAGGAAACUCUGGUCCCUCUAGGAGGAGGGGCCUGGGUUGUUGUUGUGCUCUCUCUCACUGCCUCUCUCUGCUUUGACAGCUUCGCAGAAACAGACAGAGCAGAGGAGUAAAGUGUUUGUGGGAACGAGGGCACGGAAUAAAAAGCUUCUCUAAAGCGAGAUACUUCAGGGGAACACAACAGAUCCUGGACGCAAAAGCAUUUCUCCCUCCACACAAGAGGCCUGGGAUUUAGCUUUUGUCUGCCUACCCCCCCCCCCCCCCGCCACCCCUCAAAAAGUCACACAGUCCCUCUUUCAUAAACCAACCGCCUCAGUCUCUGCAAAGAAUUGUCUUGAAAGCAGCCGCUCAUAAUCAUGUUAACACAACGUUGGCUUUUUUUUCACGGCUCUACAUGGCUGUUUCCUCCCAGAUUUAAACAGAGCACACGUGGCUGUUUAAAAUAGUUCAUCAGGAUUACUUGUUGUUUUUGUUAAUUUAUCUUUGUGUGUGAGUGUGAGACCGUGUUGUUUCGUGUGCAACUAUCCUCUCAGCGUGUUAAAGACAACUUUCAAUGUCUAUAUUAACUUAUUUUGGGUUUCUAUCUUUUUUGUUGUUUAGGGAACUAAUUACAAAUUCCUUUUUUUUUUGUUGCUAUUGUUAACUAAUUGUGUUAUUUCUGAAGCUACAUCUUUGCACUACUUAAAACAUUGUUGACAAGAGAAAUAUAUUUUUUAAGUAAUCUUUAAAAGAAGAACACACAAAUCCUCAUUGAGAAACUGAGGCACAGAUUUUCUUAACGAAAAAGACGUUUUCCUCCCACUGGACCUUUCACACUCAAAUUUUUAAGUCCAUUGGCAGGAAAUAAAUUAUAAUGAUGGAUUCAAGACAGGUCUGUUAGUGCCCAAGCAAACUCUGCUUUCCUAAUUUAUCUGUCGCAGCUAUAUCACAAAUGUAGUGUUCUCUAUUACUUUUGUAUAUGCAUGAAUGUAUGAUAAUCUUUGUAAACGAUUUGUAAUAAUGUUAUUGUAAUUUAAUACAGAUUUUGUGUAUCCUUGCAACGUGUAAGAAGUGUAUAUGCAUGGGAUCAGAAUCAUAUCCUUUUUGUUUUUGAUAGAUAUUUGUAUGGAAUCGGUUGAGUUGUUGGUGCACUGUUACCUUUUUUACAAUGUUGAUCACAUAGUGUGCUGAGAAUAAUUAAAUGUUAAUGAAUGAUAAACCUUAAA